UGCCAGUUUUUGAAAUUCCUCUUGGGAUUUUUAUCGUUCACGGGAGCGGCGCCAAAUAAAGCUGAAGUGGACAAUUACUAUUUCUGAGCUCAUUAUGAACACCGAGAUUCUAUGCCUCCAAAAUCCUCAGAUAUAAUAUUAAUUUUCCUUAAAAAUUCCUUUUUUACUUCUUUGGGCUUCUUCCCUAUCUUUAGAACACUUUCCAAGCUUCAAUGGUACUCUAAAUUAGUCAUUCCAAGGUGGGUUUUAUUUUAACAGCCUGGAAUACGUUCUUUACGUGUGUUGCUUUGGGUGUGAAUUUGCGAGCUUUUUGGUUCAACAUUGUAGCUGAUCCGAAGGGAAAAGAACAAUGGCUUACAGGGUUGAUGAAGACUAUGAUUAUCUGUUCAAGGUGGUGAUGAUAGGGGAUUCUGGAGUAGGAAAAUCUAAUCUGCUUUCAAGGUUCACAAGGAAUGAAUUCAGUCUGGAAUCUAAGUCAACCAUUGGAGUGGAAUUUGCCACUAGGAGUGUCACUGUUGAUGGGAAGCUGGUCAAGGCCCAGAUAUGGGAUACUGCAGGGCAAGAGAGGUAUCGAGCCAUUACAAGUGCUUACUACCGUGGAGCAGUAGGGGCCCUUAUUGUGUAUGACAUCACUCGAGAUAUGACCUUUCAAAAUGUUGAGAGAUGGCUCAAGGAGCUGAGAGAUCAUACUGAGCCUUCCAUUGUGGUGAUGAUUGUUGGAAAUAAGUUGGAUAUAGGGCACUUGAGAGCUGUAGCUUCAGAAGAUGCUGAAACAUUUGCAGAGAAGGAAGGUUUAUUCUUCAUGGAAACAUCAGCACUGGAUUCAACAAAUGUUGAGGAAGCUUUCACACGAAUUUUGAAUCAGAUUUACAGAGUUACAAGCAAGAAGACACUGGAAAUCAGUGAGGAGCAGACAAAUAUUCCUGGAAAGGGUCAAACAAUCCAUAUUAAUAGCAAGGAUGAAGUUACUGCAACUAAGAAAUCUGGUUGUUGUCAACUCUGAGAUCUUGGUUAUUUUUUGCUUAAGGCUACUUCUGUUUCCAAAUGCUGAUCUUUUGGGCAAGUUGUAGAGUAUUUAAACUUAACUGGCCUGGCUGGUCACUCUGCACAUUCAAGCUUCCUAUACCAAAUUCUUGCUGGCUUAAGGAGAUUUGUGCACAAUUCUUCAAGUCCGAACUUGUUUAUGAAACAAUGGCCAAGCAGAUUUUAAAAUUUCUCUGUUUUUUUGCUUCCGACUAUUGUGAUGCUCGAUAGACCUUUCAAUAGUUUUUUAAAUGUACACAAAUCUUGAGUAACUCAUGGGGCAAUGUUCCAGUAGAGUACAUAUGGACUACAACUUGUAAUCAGUCAGAGACUAGUUGAAAGAGGGUUGCCGUUUUAUCUUGGGCAGAAUAUGAAUUUUAUAUACUUUCAGAAUGAUAUUUUCUUUCUUUUAGAGACA